UAUCAAAGCAUUGAGCAAAGCUUGCAACAACUUGUAGAUUCUAUCGCGGCCUACAACCCUUCCGUGAGCGCAGCAGAUGAGCUCGUUGCGGCUGAUGAUACGCUCGAUGCGGGCCUCGUAAAGUUGGCCGAGCACCAGCGCAAUGUCCUGCGUAUUGGCGAGCUCAAGCGCAUCGCACAUACCAAUGAUGAGCGAAUCAAAGGCCAUUUCAGGGCAAUCGCACAACUACGCAAGGAAAUGACGUCUAUUCCUACAACUGAUGAUGCUGGUACGAACCACAACGUAAGCGUUGACGAGCUGCUGGAAUAUGCUCGCUUCAUCUCGCCAACUACCGUGCCUCCAACCUUCCGCAGGCAGGACGUGGCUUUGCCGGCAGUGAAGCCGGACAUGGACGCUCAAAUGAGCAAUGGCAUAUCCACUCCUCCCGCUGUACCGGCAAACGACAUGAGCUCUCCGUACAUCAAGUCUUCCGCCCUGGUCGACCAAGCAAUAACCGAGACCGACAAAGCCUGGCUUAACCCUGUACAAGGUCUGCCAUUCGAGCCUUGGCCUUCUCAUGCAAUUAUCGCAAGUGGCGCGUUAGCGGAUAUUCAGCGGAUGAUGGAGCAAGGUAGGGAU